AUGAAUUGCAGGGUAGUAGAGAAGGAUAAAUUAACAGAGUACUCUAUAAGAUGUGAUAGAAAGGGAAAAAACAAUUCUAGGUCAGGAUGGAUUACUAGAAUAUACUGGCUGAUUCAGCUGGUGCUUCUGUGGCAGGUUCAUGGUAGAGUAGGAUUGAAGGACAUACAGGAGAUUCAAGAGAGAAUAAUUAGUGGCAAUUUAAGAAGUGAUAAAGAAGACUUGUUUCUUAAUUUAAAAGGUCCUUUAAACCCACAGCAUAGCAUGCUCGCAAAUGAAAUCGGGUUUAUUCAUAGUAAGAGAUUUCUAUCAGCAGAGAUAAAGAUAGAAUAUGAAAUAAAAAUUGGAAGUACAGUGGCACAAGACCAAACAUACACAAAAACAAGGGAUUACAGCAAGGAUACAGUCUAUCCAGACCUACCAUACAGUGGCACCCACCUAAAGUACAUGAAUGACUACUUCAGAACACUUCUUGAGAUGUUUCCUUCACUCCAUGGAUAUGUAUCCAUAUGGACAGACAAAAAGGACUCAUUCUACAACUUCAUGAAUAGUAGCACAGUGAAGGAGCAUAAAUACAAGAUACUUGCAUCUCUAUUGCUUCUUUCAGAGGGAUUGCAGAUUCCUCUUUCAAUUGACACAAGCACAGAGUACAUAGAGCUAGUUCUAAAGGAAUCUACAGAAGAAGAUCAAUUUAGAAUUCGCAUGUGCAAGGAUACAGAGACUAAGGAUACAGAGGAGACUAAAAAUGAAGGAGUCUUUAGGAAAAAGAAAGUAUUUAAAUAUACAGAAGCCAUGAAGGUGCUUAUGUUCUUUAUAGAGAAUAGUCAAGCUAAAAUUAUCAAGCAAGAGAGAUAUCUCUCAGAGCCAAAGUCAUACAAAGAGUUCCAAAGUGGAAAGUUCUUAAAUAGUCCAGGAUUUCUCAUUCAGACGUAUAUAUACUAUUAUAUUGAGGAUAAGACAGAAAUGUGCAUUUUCAUUCAGACAGUACAUGAUUUAUUAUGUAAGUAUAUAGAGAAUAGUGCAGGAAAUAGUAAAAUAACGGUAAUUCAGACUAAAAAGGCAGAAUAUAUAUUUAACAGAUACUUUGCAUAUAACCAGAAUGAAGAAGGUGAUGAAAUAGGAGAAUUAAAGUACAUUAGAAUGCAUAUGCAAAAUAUACUAAAUACCACUAGAAGGUUCCCUAUUACGUACCAGGCCCAGUUAGAACCAAUUCAGGACUGUCUUUCUAUUUCAAAGAAGAAAUCUCCUCCAGAGAACUCUUCAAUAUGUCAGUGUGCAUGUCUUAAUGAAGAUACAGAUGAUGAGGGUAAUAAUACAGUGGAAAUUAGUAAUACAUUUGCUGAUCACGUUGAAACUGCACUUCUUGGUCUAUUCUGUAUCUUUGCGUAUGACUCAAGGGAACAAGUCUAUAAGGUUGACCACAUGGUGAAUGCCUCUAAGGAGCUAAAAGAGUUUUUCAUAAAGCAUAAGUAUAUGUAUGGAACUGUCUCAGAUGAGAUGCAUAAUGACUGGAAUAAAGUAGUCUCAGGACUAAGGGACUCAAGAAUAACGUAUAUGCGGAGUGACAAGAACCAGCUUGCUCCUGGCUUCAUGAAUAUGCUCUAUGCAAUUGCAGAGAUAUCUGGUAUAGAUACAUGGGAAAGAUUAGAUGAUCUCAUGGAAAUAGUAGAUGAGAUGAAGGAUGAGGCUUCUUUGAGUGAAUUCCGGAAUUCCAUUUGGAACAGAAAGAAAGAAGCAACUGACAAAGAAAAGAAAGAUAUUGAUGAUGCCAUAAGAGCAAAGAUAAAGGAUAUGAGAAUCUGUGAAAAGGACAGGCUAGUGAUAAAAGAGUGGCUGGAAAAAGAUAGUGAUGAGAAGAAGAAACUCCUUUGUAAGAUAGAGAGCAUAGAGCAUGAAAUAAAUAUAACGGAAACAGAAAAAAUCAAAAAAUUAAUAAGACGCAUUGAAGUCCAGCAAAGAGAAAAAGAAGAGAAAUUGCACUUUGGCAUAGAAAUGUAUAUGUGUGAGUUAUUCAACCGCCUUAUGAUUGAUAAGUGCCUAGAAGUAAAAGUACUGAAAUUGUAUAAAAAGGAAUUUGAACUCAGACUGUCCGAUAUAUUUGGCUAUAUGGAUAUAGUAUACUUGGAUGAAUAUGAGAACAAAGUCGAGUGCUAUUCUCUUAGUAUAAAGACAUCUUCAAAGUCUAAAGAGAAAGACACAGAAGAUGAAAUUAACGAAAGAAUAUUUUCAGUUAGAAAGGAAAAUAAUGUCAGUUAUAGAAGAAAAGAUGUACCAACUGACUUAAGCCUGUCUCUUUCCAAGUGGAUUAAAACUAAAACUUAUACGGCAUGGCUGGUCAAGUACUACAAAGAGUGCGAGUCAAUUACCACGAAAGACCUUCAGUAUAAAGUACGGACUAUAAUGAAAGGUCUUCCAGAGAAAAAGACUAAAACUGUAAAUCUGAAUAGUAUUCUACCAUGGGGACUUGUUCAUCAAAGAGAAAAUAGACUAAACCUUAUAUUUCCGUUACUAAUGAAUGCAAUGCGACUUGGUUUCAACUAUAACCAUCCAGUUAUACGCUUUGUUAAUAAUAUCAUAGUAGAUGCACCAUUCCAAACGAGUUAUGAUAGAGAUGCCUUCUUCAUAGCUAUGAAGAUUAGCAAUUUGGACAAAUAUCUAUUGAAUAUACGUAUAGACAAUGGAAUAUACCAAGUAAAAGACUAUUCAGACUUUGGAAUGCAGAAUAUUAUAGAGUCUUCAAUCGAUAUAAAGCCAUUUAGUAAUAAUAUGGAUAUAAUAAUGCGGUAUAACCUGACUAAAACAAAGCACUUUUACCAUUCCCCUAUGCUGUCUGCAUUAAACUCCAUGAGCAAAGAGAAUCAGCAGUUAUUUGUGAGUCUUUUAACAAAGAAAUAUAAAUCUAUAGAGUAUAUUACCUCAAUUAUCUUCAGUAUGCAUGCAAUGAAGAUUUGCUGUCCUAGAUACAACUAUCUAGGAUAUGCUAAUGAGCUCUUAAUGAAAAUAAUUGAAAUUCUGUCAGAAAAAGGAAGUAGUCACUCUAGCAUAAUUAAAGGUCUCUAUGACCUAAUUGAUCCAAAUGCCCAUAAUGGAACAUAUUUAUACUACAGAGAAUAUAAAGAAGCAGUAGAAAUAAUUAAAUCCAUGGAGAGUAUACUUUGCGAGAAGAAUAACGAAAUAAGCAAAGAGAAGUUCAACUACAUAAUAAAGGCAUACGUAAGAAACUAG